GUAGGUUGGUGUUUUUAGACCACAUCAGCGUGUCUACACUAUAGCAUAUAUUAUUGGGAUAGUAUAGUCAGAUUUGGAUGUCGACACCCUCACCAGUGUAAUCUUUAGGUUUCCACCAUCCUGUGGGAGAUACACGGCUCCGUAAUUUACCUGAAGACCUACGACAAUGUGCCACUCUGAGUCAUCUCCCUGUCAUCUUGGACGUUUGCCACUCUGCUUCUUUCCAUUCAUCAGAAAUAGUAGACACAAGCUUGUACUCACUUCCUGUGCUGGUCUGGAGGUUAACUCUUUGUUUCCACUGGCUCAGAUGAUCAUGCUCUGCCGCAAAGACCUGAGCCUUGGAGUCACUGGGGACAGACACACACAGAGCCCAGGGACAAAAGACCGAGAUGUGUUCUUCUGUUGAUAAGACAAGGGAGCAAAGGCUCAUCCGGUCCUUGACGGGUCCAAAACAAGGCAGCGAUGGCAAAGAGAGAUUACCUGGUGGAGGCGGCCAAGCAGAUCCACAUGGCACUGGACAGUGAGGUCAAUGAGGACUAUGAGGCAGCUUUCAGUUACUAUAAGAACGGGGUGGACUUGCUGCUGAAUGGGGUUCAGUUGGACCCAAACAAGGAACGUCGGGAGGCUGUGAAGAGGAAGACAACCCAGUAUCUGAAGAGAGCUGAAGAAAUCUUCAUAACACAUCUGCAGGAUAACUUAGGGAAGGGAAGCUCUCACUUAGGGGGUUACAGCAGUCUAAGAUUCCGUCCAAUCAGACACUUGAGUUCGCCGGUGGAAGACCUGGAGAUGUGUAAGGUGGUGGGAGUGACUGAUAAGGUCCUGAUUGUGCAAAGUAUGGUCAAUAAGGAGACAUUUGUUGUAAAGAGUCUGGUCAAGUCGAGCUGGGAGAGCAGGGACCAGCCAACCAUCAUUCCUCAAGGGGUGCCAUACAUGGUUAAGCUGCUAAGAUAUUACGUCAGUGAGGAUGCUGUGUACCUGCAUCUCGAGCAUGUCAAAGGUGGGAAGCUCUUCUCCAAGCUGCACAAGCUGAGGAACGAAAAGGCCAAGGAACACCCAGAAUGCAUCACUUCUGGCCAGCACAGCAUCAAGCUGAAGACCAGCUACACCUCACCCACUAUCAGCACAGACCACCAGCACAACAGCAGAGGGAGCACAGGAGUGAUACCAGAGAAAUUAAGCGAUGAGAGCCCAGACACGGACUUCCCCACUUCAUGGGAUGAGACUCAGCAGCGACUGGAGAGCUGCGGGACUCACUCCUACAUCGAGGAGACGGGUUGUCUGCAGAACACACGCUCAGCAGCAUCGUUUUAUACCAAGCUCGAUCGGCUGACUCUGAAUUCGGGCACGACGAGGACACAGGUCAACACCCGCAUCCAUACACCAGCUCCUAGUUUGUGUUUGCAAUCCAGUGAAACUCAGGAACAGCCUGCUCUUCCUCUCUCCUGCACUCGAGUCAGUCAAGCUCUCGGUGUCAUGUCAGAACUCCAAAAAAAGAAACCUGGAUUGGGACUGACAGAGUGCAGCUCGGAGUUUGAAUUGGCUUGGAAAGCUGCGGAUCCAGCACAGAACUGUGAGCAAAUAAACCCUUAUGCAGUGACAGACUGUCAUCUAAAUAGCACGCCGGUACAAACACCACCUCAUACAUAUCAGACCUCAUGUAUAAAAGCGGGAAACGGUGAAAAUAACGGUUUGAGUUCCUCCCCUGCCAUCUUGCAUCUUCCUCUCCAUUGCCAAACCCAGAUCCGUGGCAAGGCAUCAUGGGAUAAUAUUGUCUCCCACCAAGUACCUGUUUUGAGUGGUAAUUCUGCAGAUAUGGUUACAGACUUAAAGCAGGACAGCAGCAGUCCCACCGCAGAGGAAAGAAAUGGCAUGGUGGUCAUCAGGAGCACAGACAGAGCAGUAUUUUCUGACCACACAGACACAAGGAUCACCUCAGAAAGCUCCUGGUCUUCAUCUGCUUCUCUCUGCCACAGUUUUGCAGCAAAACAGGGGACAUUUACUGGGGAAACACCUUUCAGUGAAGGUGUUGAGGAGGCCUGUGAAUUGCUGAGUCCUGGGGAGAAAUUGGCAUCUGGAAAAGAGCCAUCGUUUGUGAGCUGGUUCUCCUCCGGCCCUACUGGAGCCGAGGAUGUGGAUGCGUUCCUUAAAUCCGAAUGCUCAGAGGGACAGGGGGAAGACCAGAUCAUAGAGGUGGAUGGAUGGUGCCACCUGCCUCGGUUCCCUGUGAAGUCCUCCGGCUCUACAGAUAAGGCCAUGCAGACCUGCUGGGGGCUUUCAGAGGCAGAGGUGCGCGUCUGGGGGGCUCAGAUUCUGCUGGCUUUGGAGAGUCUACAUCAGCAAGGCAUCCUGUGUCGGGACCUCAACCCUAGAAAUGUUCUGCUCACCAGCAACGGGAAGGUGUGUUUGACAUUUUUCGGACAGUGGAGUGAAGUUCAGUCAGAGAUCAGCUCCAAAGCCAUGGAUCAGAUGUACUGCGCUCCAGAAAUCGGGGGCGUGUCCAGGGCUACGGAGGCUUGCGAUUGGUGGAGUCUUGGGGCUUUGUUGUUUGAACUCCUAACAGGAAUGCCACUGUGGCAGCUCCACCCGGCAGGAAUCCACUCACACACCCAGCUGCUCAUCCCCGACCACCUGAGCGCUGCAGCUGCAUCUCUGCUCACUGAGUUGCUUCAGUUUGAUGCUGGCUAUCGCUUGGGUUCUGGAGGUGGAGGCGUGAGUGACAUCAAGUGUCAUCCCUUCUUCAGCAGUGUCUCCUGGAAAGCUCUGAGCUGCUAGCAGAUGCAGCUGCUUCACCUGACCCUGUGGUCCCGUGCUGGAAUUGAAGCUGAACACGGAAUCCCACCCUCGUGUGGAUGCAGCACCAGAAGGCGGGUUUUCUUUGCACUUUGUGCUUCCCAAAGAAAAAUGACAAUAAAACCUGAAACAUGAACAAGACUGGUGAACCAUGUCCCCUACAAAACAUGAAGCAACUAUUUUAACUUCAUAUACGAUUGUCCUUUUAGAUACCUUUGAUGCAAUUUUGGUAAAUUUAAGUUUGAUAGUAACCAUGCAUAUUAUGACCAUGCAUGAACACUGACAUCACAUUAGACAAAAGUCUGACAAUUACAAUUGCAAAUGUAUAUAAAUAUUGUAGAAAAACAAGGAUAUUAGGCAAUAAAUUGUUACCUCUUCUCUA